GCCUUACCGAAUUUUCCUCGAAAAAUCAGCUCGCUUAAAAAGGUAAAUAAAAUAAAAUGAAAGACUCACUUCUCGACCCCAAAAUAAUGGCUUCUUCUUCAAUCUCUCCUCGUCAACAAUCGGACUCCGAUUGAAACAAAUUAACCCUAACCCUACAAAUCUCAAUCAUUUCUUCAAAAUCCUCUACUUAAAACUCUGUAAACUUUACUUUAACCCUAAUACGAACUAUCGUUUCGAUUUCGAAUUUGAUGGGCAGUAGUGACUCGGCGACUUCACUUGCUCCCGGGUUUCGAUUCCACCCGACGGAUGAGGAGCUUGUCCGUUACUAUCUUAAACGGAAGGUCACUAACAAACCGUUCCGUUUGGACGCCAUCUCCGUCACCGAUGUUUAUAAAUCUGAGCCGUGGGAUCUUCCAGUUAAGUCAAAAUUGAAAAGCAGGGAUUUAGAAUGGUAUUUCUUUAGUAUGCUGGAUAAGAAGUAUGGAAAUGGGGCCAAGACGAACCGGGCCACUGAGAAAGGGUACUGGAAAACGACUGGGAAAGACAGGCCUAUUAAUUGGAACUCACGAGUUGUGGGGAUGAAGAAGACCCUUGUGUAUCAUCAGGGUCGAGCCCCACGUGGUGAGCGCUCGAAUUGGGUAAUGCAUGAGUAUCGGCUUGCUGAUGAGGAGCUGGAGAAAGCGGGAAUUGCUCAAGAUGCAUUUGUGCUUUGUAGGAUUUUCCAAAAGAGCGGGACAGGGCCAAAGAAUGGGGAGCAGUAUGGGGCACCGUUUAUUGAGGAGGAAUGGGAGAAUGAUGAGGUGCCUCUCUUGCCAAGUGAAGAGAUGGUGCCAGCUGGAGAAGCACCAGUUGGUGAUGGCUCAUACCUGGAACUGAAUGAGCUUGACCAGAAUUUUGACAGUGGAAUUACAUCUGAAAAUACUGCUCGUCCACUAAACUUCUAUUAUGGGGAAACAAGCAACCAUGUGGAACAGCCCAGUAACUUCAGUGACAAUGAUAUAAAGCCUGUGAUAAGAGGGGCGGAGAAUAGAAAUGGUCCAGCUCCACCAGCUGACCAAAACUUGGAUUUACCUGGACAAUAUGAGAUGGAUGCAGACAAAAAAGAACACAAUGCGGAGCCUAUCAAUAUUGUGAAUGCUCUCAAUGCAAAUUAUUUGUUUGAUGAAUCAUACUUGGAUGCACUUGGUGAUCUUCCACCGAGUGAAGGAUUUUUCCUGGAAGCUAAUGAUCUUUCAAAGCCUGUGGAGCCAGAGACCGGUGGAGAUUCCUCAGGUUUUGACAUGGUGGAUGAGUACCUCAAUUUCUUUGAUGCUGUUGAUGAGAACAUGUCUUUUGAUCCUUCUGAUAUCUUCGGAAGUGAGACUGCUGUUUCUGACCAACUUCCACCCCAAGAGGAUGUAAAGGGACAAACUGAAGAACUGUCCACGGCAAGCCUAAACCUAUUAGAAACACAUGGCACUAUUGAUCCAUCUUCAUCAAAGCAAAAGCCAGAGGCCAUGAAAUUUGAUUCUGGUGCAGAUUUCAAAUAUCCAUUUAUCAAGCAGGCUAGUCACAGGUUGGGGAACAUUCCUGCACCUCCUGCCCUUGCUUCUGAGUUCCCUUCCAAGGACGCUGCUCUUCACUUACAUCCAGCAUCUUCCAGCUCAAUUAACGUUACUGCUGGUAUGAUAAGAAUAGAAAACAUGAGCUUAGGUGGCAAUGAGAUGGAAUGGUCAUUUGGCAAGAACGGGAAUGUCAAUAUCAUCCUUUCUUUUGGUUUGCCACAACAAGGUGGUCCUGCCAGUCUGGUGCCGAUGAAUAGCUUAUUCCCAGGCAAAACAGAGUCGGUGGUGUCGCGAGGUUGGCUGUACUUGAUGUUCUUUUGGGUCCUAAUUCUCUCUGUGAGUUAUAAAAUCGGGACCUGUAUCUGUGCCAAGUAAACCCACGGUCAAUGAAGUUGGCUUAGAGAUGCCCGGAAUAGGGUUGAUUGUUAGUUGAUUCCUUAUAGAUCUAUUAGGACAGCCUGACAUCAAGAUAAAUCAUUACUUUAUGAUUGUUAUUUAUGUUAAACUGCCAAAAAUGAGGAUCGGUGUGCUUAACUUGCAUCA